ACAUACUUUGCAUUUGCGAUAAGAAAAUUAGUGCAAAUAAAAGCAAAAGGAAAUGGCCUUUGUGCCCUUGGGCGAAUAUGAAGUGGACGCUUUCAUUAGGCCCGAUGUCCAAGUCUUGCGUGAUUGACUCUGACUCUGGCAGAUAUAUUUCCUGAAAGAUUAAGUUUACCUCAAACAAGAAUUUGAAUGGCGUUUCAAGAAAACAGAGCGAACCAAGUCGUGUGCACAGGGAUCUCCCAGAUUGUUCUGGGAUUUUGUGUCUUCGCCUUGAGUUUUGUUCUGAGCAACAGGAGCGAUGACCUUGGGAAGAUUUUUGAAACCGGUGUUACUUAUUGGGGAGCUGUUCCCAUCGUCGUCGCUGGAAGUUUUGGAAUAUUCGGGGGAAUAAGUGGCAAAUUCAUUGCGACAGGUGUUUUUUUCGCUGCUAGUGUCAUUUCGUGUAUCCUCGGAGCAAUCGUUGCCGCGUGCGUGGGAAUCACGCUGACUGCGCGGAGAUCAGCGGGUGAAUGUGAGCACGUACAAUGCCCGUAUGACACAGAAUCAACUCUGAUGAUCGCCUUAAUAAGCAUCUUGAUUCUGGAGUCUGCCAUUUCCCUGUCAGGCGUGAUAGAAUCAUCUCAGCUACUUUGCUGUGCUAUUUCGAGUGGCGAUCAACUGGCCAUUGUGUCACUAGGAACUCCGGAGCACGUGGACAGAAAAUCCAGACUCAGUCGUAAACGACAGUCAAGUAACCAAAGCGUUUAUUCUAUAGACUUCGAUGCGAUGGUAGGGAGCUCAAGCAUGUCACCAGUGAAAGACAACGGCUUUGGAAAUGGAAAACAAUUAGGAACUGUAGUGUGAUGCUUUAGAAGCUUGUUGUCUCAGCAAAUUUAAAAACUCUUCAUACCUCAGCACCUCAUCCGCAUAUUAAUUAAGUUUUACUCUAGGUUAUAGAGCAGAAUGUACCAACACGUUGACAGGAUCCGACCCAGUAUGGGGCCCUUCAUCAGCCGGGUUGGAAUCAAAGGAUACCUUCGCCUUUUAAUAAGCACCUUGGAGGUACUUGGCUGAUUUGAAAACUGACGAAAAGGCAAGGGAGAGUUCAUUCAAGAAAUAAGGAAGGUGCUUUUUAAGGUUUCCCCGGAUCUUGACUAGAUGUUAUCAUUUUGAGAGUUGUAGGACAGCAUUCGCGCAUAAAGACAACACGAAGCUCAUCCUAAAGUUUUAACAGCGGCACUUUUCAGCUGCUCUUUUUAUUCGUGAUCAGUUUCCCCAAACUUAACCCGUUGACAGACUGAAAGAAGGCUUUAAGUGUGACAUAUGCGUGCAAGAUUGGACGAACGUGGCUGAAUAAACACAAUCAAAACACA